UGCAAUAUCGUGCAGAGAUUGACCCUGUCAGCUUGUACAAGUCAUUUUACUAUGCAUCCUACCACGACACUUUUGACGCAACCACGCGUCAUGUUAUGCUUCAGCAGCACCACUUCUAAAGCAGCAUCAAGGUAUUCGCCGGCGUGCAGUCGAGGAACCUUUCGUCAGUUUGUAUCCAGGCCAAUUAAAAAGCCACACGUAAAGGAGAUUAUUUGUGCAAGUUAUGAAGGUUAUGGUUACAGUGCAACAACGCAGCGGCGCGAAGCUCAGCUGGAUGUUCUUCGCCAGGAAUUGAAAGCUCUAGAAGACGAGCGUGACGAAGCCGUACGAGUUGCCGAGUCCUGUGCCAAGACGUGUGUGCGCCUCACGGACAUGAGCAAGCUGCUGGAGGACCUUGCACUGGAGAAGGUCAAGGCGGGUGACGAGGCGGGGGCCAAGGUGGUCCUGCAGGAGAAGAACUUGUUGCGAGAGAUCAUCGAUAAAAGCAACACCAAGGCACAAGCUAACUUUUCGUUGGCAGGAAAGCUGGCGGGGCUGAUUGGUGACAAGCACAACGAGCUGGUCGGGCUGCUUGGAGGACACCCAGCCACUGCCGGGGGGGACGAGCCGACCACCUCCUCGGCCAGUCGGCCUAGCGGCGGUGGCGGUUACACUUCUCCGUACAGCUCGUCAUCGUUGUCGUACGGUGGUUACCAGAUGCCCUGGGAGAGGUCCUUGGCGGAGGCUCAGCAGCGAGUGCGGCAGGCCGAGGCCGAGGCUCAGCGGAUGGGUCGGCUGGCCGCUCUGAGCGCGGAGGACUCCAUUGCCGCGGCCCGGGAGCGGCUGAGGGCGCAGGACAGGAGCGGUCGAGCAGCCGAGGACAUACUGCAGGCUCGCGAACGUCUUCGUCGCAGCGCGGAGUCGUCCAUCGCUGAGGCCCAGGAACGGCUGCGGGCCCAGGACAGCCAGAUCCUGGAGUACUGCCGCCGCAUAGUGGCGCGGUACCGUCGUGGCGAACCCCCCGAGCGGGUUGAGUGGUACGUGGGGUCUGUAAGAGGCGGAACUGACAAGGCGCGCCGUUGUCUGGUUGCCCGCAGCAAGAGCAGCAGGAGGCGGAGGAGGACGCGGGGCUGCCUUAGUGGUGAUGCGCUGUUGGCCGCAGUGGAGGGAGAGGGGAGGCGGGAAGGCGCUGAGCACGAAGGCCCCCAACUGACUGAGCGAAUUGCACUGACGCACGGUUGCAUGCUAAUCCUACUCGUCCAACCGAGAAGCGCAGUACGACAGUCUCCGCUGUUGACCACGCGCGCGUAUUACCAAGCGCCUCCACCGUCACCCCAGCAGCCCUCAUCACACCCCCGGGGUGGAUCUGGUUCCCAAGAAAUAGACCGGUGUGCGCCAGGGGCCGACAACACAGUGCCGUACACGUGCAGCUGCGGGCCUCUGAAAGCGGCAGCUGUAGCAGUGGGAGUGGUUGCAGCUCCGGUAUUGAUGGCGCGGGGUAGCGCUGCCGCGGAUAUUGCGGCCGCCGCUGCCGCCGUGAUGGCGUUACUGCCGCAACUGCCCUGCCUCCAGCAAUCUGCUCAUGACGCUCUGAUAGCUCGACCGCUGUUGCGACUGGGCGCGACUGAGGAGGCCAUCGCCGGGGGCGAGGGAGGGGCACGAGCCGGCGGCAUGGUGGUUGUGGUGGUUGAAGGAAGAAAAGGCACGCCACCAGUGCCUGGCCCCCUGUACGGCACUGGAAACCCAAGGGAUCGCAUCCCGCCGCUUGGGCCAUCACGGCACUCCAACCAUCCGCAGUGA